UCCGGCGCCGCGGCGGAAGCGGCGGGGCCGCCUAAGAUGGCGGCGGCGUGAGUUGCAUGUUGUGGGGCCGCCGGGAGGAGCCGCCGCCGCCCCCUCCCCGUCCCGCCAUGGCGGUGACCGUGACGCUCAAGACGCUGCAGCAGCAAACCUUCAAGAUCCGCAUGGAGCCGCACGAGACGGUGCGGGCGCUGAAGGAGAAAAUCGAGGCGGAGAAAGGCAGCGACGCCUUCCCCGUGGCGGGGCAGAAACUCAUCUACGCCGGGAAGAUCCUGAGCGACGACGUCCCCAUCCGGGAGUAUCGAAUCGACGAGAAAAACUUCGUGGUGGUCAUGGUCACCAAGGUGGGACCCUGAGGGAGGGGGUCCAGGG